AUGGCCGGUGGAGCCGUCGCUAGCAACGUCAAGGUCGCAGGACCCGCCCUCACUCGCCGCCAGGAGAUCUUCUCCUUCGCGCUCGUCACGUCGCUGUUCUUCGCAUGGGGCCUGUCGUACGGUUUGAUUGACGUCCUCAACAAGAAGGUCGUCGAGCACUUCGGCAUCUCCAAGCUUCAGUCGACGCUGCUGCAGGUCGCCUACUUCGGAGCCUACCUCGUCUACUCGGUCCCUGCGUCGCUCUUCGCCAGUCGCUUUGGCUACCGCGCCGGCAUCCUCAUGGGCUUGAGUCUGUACUGUUUGGGCGCCCUCGCUUUUUGGCCAUCCGCCCACUUUGAGAAGUACUACGGCUUCGUCAUCUCGGCCUUCGUCAUCGCGUGCGGUCUCGCCACUCUUGAAACCUGUGCCAACAGUUUCAUUUCCGUCCUUGGACCUCCCGAGGGCGCUUCCUUCCGCCUGAACGCCGCUCAAUCCACGAAUGGCCUCGCGGCGUUUGUCGGCCCCUUGAUCGCGAGCAAGACGUUUUUCUCCGGCAAGAACGCCAACAACUUGAAUGACGUCCAAUACGUCUACCUCGCCGUCGCCUGCUUCGGUGCCGCCCUCUUUGUGCUCUUUUUCUUCGCCAAGCUUCCCAACAUCACCGACGCCGACAUGGAGGAUCAAGCUACGUCGUCCGGCAUCGUCGACGAGCGCCCGGUGUGGCAGCGCAAGCACACCAUGUUCGGCUUCCUCACCCAGCUCUUCUACGUCGGCGCCCAAGUCUCGACCGCGUCCUUCGUCCUUUUCUACCUCACCGAAACCGAUGGCAUUACGUCCGCUCAGGCAUCGCAAAUGCUCUCAUACCUCCAGAUCACCUUCAUGGUCGCGCGCUUCGCCUCGACUCCGCUCCUCCGCUUCUUCAACCCUUGCCUCGUCCUCGCCGCCUACGGCUCGUCCUGCACCAUCUUCUCCCUCGUUGCGGCCCUCACCGGCGGCAAGGCCGGUCUCGCCGCCCUCUUCCUCGUCUUCUUCUCCGAGUCGGUCAUCUACCCAACGACCUUCACUCUCGCCACCUCGUACAAUGGACGCCACACUAAGCGCGCUGCCGGCAUUCUCUGCAUGGGCGUGGCGGGCGGAUCGUUCUUCCCUUCGGCGCAAGGUGCAUUCGCCGACGCAAAGGGCACCCGGAUCUCCUACAUUGUCCCCAUGCUCGGUUUCAGCGCCUGCGCUUUCUACGGCGCGGGCAUGUACUUCUACAUGCGCCGCCAGGCCAAGCUCAUCGCCGACAACGCCGUCCUCGCCGGUCCCGCCGUCCCCGUCGUCGCCGACGUCAACGCACUCGAGAAGGAGGAGUCGAUCGAGAAGGUCGAGAUUGAGGACACCCGCCUUGAGGCUGUCUCGCGCGUCUAG